AUGGAUUUCCUUCAACGCAAAAGUCUAAACUCUCCUGUUGACUCUGCUCUUCACUCUCUAGGUCUCAAGGCUGACCUGCAAAACAAACUCUUCGGACAGCACAUCGCAUCAAACAUCAUCCUGAAAGCUGUGAGUGGAUUCAUGAGCAACAAGAUCCCGAAGAAGCCCCUGGUGCUCUCUCUGCACGGACGGUCCGGCACAGGGAAGAACUUUGUUAUCCAGCUGAUCGCUGAAAACAUUUUCAAAGAGGGAAUGAACAGCCGCUUCGUUCAUGUUCUCCCAGCCGAUAUUUACUUCCCGCAUAAAAGUAAAUUGGAGACCUAUAAGACACAGUUACAGCAGUGGAUCAAAGGCAAUAUCACCAGCUGUGAACACUCCAUGUUCAUCUUUGAUGAGAUGGAUGAGAUGCAUCCUGGCUUGAUUGACAGCAUAAAGUCCUACCUGGGGUACCACAACAUGCUGGAUGGAGUUUCUUAUCGGAGAGCCAUCUUCAUCUUCCUCAGUAAUACUGGAGGGGAUAUAAUCACACAGAAAGCUUUAGAGUUUGUGAGAGAGGGGCGAGAUCGAGAAGAAAUUGAGCGACAAGAUCUGCAAACAUCACUGUCUGAAUUAGCAUUUGACAACAAAAAAAGUGGCUUUUGGCAUUCAAGCUUGAUUGAUGCGAACUUGGUGGACUUCUUCAUCCCGUUUCUGCCUCUGGAGCACCGACAUGUUGUUCAGUGCGUCAUGGCUGAGAUGAGAGCCAAAAAUCUUUGGGCAGACGAGAAGGUGGCAAACAAGGUGGCCAGAGAUCUCAACUAUUUUCCCAAAAUGGAGAGAGUGUUCUCUUCUCAAGGCUGCAAGACAGUAGAGAGCAAUUUGUACCUCUACAUUCUAGAGUCUGAAUAAUAACAAUUACUUUCUAACAUGUAAAAAUGCUCUCAGACAAAUAACUGAGGAGAGGAAGUCAAGCUAUAUAAUCAUACCAUUAGUAAUCUGGAGUGAACCUACCUGUAGUGUGUUGUUGAAACUGAUAAUACAUUCAUCGUGUCUACAUACAUGAGAAUGUUGAGUUAAAGAUGUUGAACUAUAAAGAUGAAUUCAUGAGUGUUAAUUGGCUUCUGAUGCUUUCAGCUAAUACCAGUUCUGUUUCUUU